GUAAAAUAAAGAUUAGCAGUGUUCCCAUCCAUGGAUGGCCACUUGAUACAGGUUGCGUGCAAGUAAAAAAGCUUUACGCCUGUCGAAUUGCUUGUAGCCUGUUGUAAGCAAUGGUUUUCUUUUGACUUUGUCGGUAAGUUUAUUGCCAGUAUCUUGAUCCCAUGGAUGAUGUGGUCAAAAAAGGAUUAGGUGCAAAAGUUUGUAAUCACACUGGGAGAAUACCAAGCACAACAUUACUUAACAGCCAACCAACCAUCUUUUCCUAACUGGAUAUUUUUUUUCUUAACAGACAGUUCUUGGCCAAUUAAUAGGCGAGAGGUGAGUAAGAGUUUUUUUAAAACGUAAGACACUUACCAUUAUGAUCAGUCAGAAAUGACCUACCUGACUAGUCCAGCAAUAAAACGAUAUCCACUUUUAAUCAAGUCUUUCCAGCUUGCUCAACCUGUUACUGAAUAGUACACACAGCAGGGUUAGGGUUAAACUCUCGAAAACAAUUGGUACAGCCAGUUAUUGCUGAUUUUUGAUAAGUGCCCAAGGAUCAGACUCGGGUUUAGAUCUCCCCUUUCUAAACAAAAGAAGACUGAAUUUUGAUUCAUUUACUUGGGCAACGACAUCUGCAAUUGUUUUCAUCUCCUUUACUAAUACACCCUUGCUUCCCAUUUAUUUAACGUUACAUUGCAAGCACAGUGGCUAAAUGCAUUUUGCGUCAUAGGGACAACCAUUCUACGGUGAAGACUCCGACGAUGACGAAAGCGGCGACAGAAAUCCGUUCAGGACUGCUGAAGCACACCCAUUUCUUGAAACCGCAUUUAAUCUGGGUAUGAUGGGUUUAAAGAAACUUGGAGAGAAACUGGACGAUCCAAGCCACGACAGGGCCCAGUCUUAUCGCGCUUAUAAUACCCAUGUCUCUCCCGUCAAGAAACACUUGAGUGAAUUUUGCAAGUUUGUACACUUUUACCCAGAUAUCUCUCUAUUCUACUCGUGUGUUCAUUCCACCUUCCCCAAGUCGGUAGUGGUACAGAAAAUUGCAAGUUCCUUUUGGUAAAAUUCCUAAAAAUAGAUAGUACGAUGAAAAAGUACGGCCAUUAAGUGUUAUUUGAAUGGUUACACAAUGUGCUUUCUCCUGCAUACUUAAAAGUAAGAGCUAAGUUACAUAUCUCUGCUGUAAGAAGAUACUAGUUUUUACUCUCCAUUGAUAAGUACCCUUUCAAUCCAAGUAGUGUGGUUGUUUCGCUUCAUAUUUAAAUCUUGUAGCAUGAAAUCACUGCUACAUCUAACAAAUCAGCCCAAAGCAAGGCACAGCUACCUCUCAAACCUUGGGGGAAACAACAAACAUAACUCAUUUUGCAACUGUUUCGUUAGAAAGGCUGUCCACGAAGUCCUUUUUAUUAUUCACGAUCAACAGUGGAGGAAGAAAUUGCGCCAUUUUUUUGGCGUCUUUGGAGGUCCUUUUGGAGGGAGGCAUGGUGUUUGCCUAGGGUUGCGUCGAGAACUAUUUUCCACAAAUGCAGCAAUAUUUAGAUUGGAGGCGCAGUUUUCCUAGAAAUCUAAAUUUUCUCUUUUAAAGUAACAAGCGGAAUUACGGAGGUUUACCUGUUAAUACAUUUAACGGCCUUUUAACACCAAAAAGAGUCAUUCAAUCCCGAGUUACGAGCUAACAUACCCGGUAGUUGUUGCUUCUCAGGGAUUUUUUUCCUGAAUAACGUUGCAAACCUUCAAGACUUUGUCCCGAUGAUUCAAGUCCUGUCCACUUUUAUCCCACUUGUGCUUUGCAAAGAACACUUCUUGACAUAGUUCAUGUACUAUUCCGGAAUCGUUUUGCUACACUUAAAUACGAGAUUUUGUUGGAUUUUAGCCCGUUCGAGGCGUUCAGAUAGUAGAGCGCGGCGGUAAGUGGGGAGCGAGUUAAUUUUUCUCCCGCGCUCUACUAUCUGAACGCCUGGAACAGGCUAGUUGGAUUUGGAAUUAGUGGUUAAUCCUGGUGAUGCUGUCCCUUUAAUAAAACGGCUCUUCAGAUCGUUUGGUUAGCGCAAUAACGCAACCCUCCUCCGUCUUCAACUUGAUGUAUUUGUUUAAGUCACUUUCGUUUUCCAAGUAACCCUUAAAUUAUGUCUUUUUGCAAGACUUGUAUGUUAUCUGGUGAACAAGAAGUGGUUGACGGGGGCAUUAAUAGUGGCGCCUGGGAACAGAUCUUCAAAAACGGAGGACAGAUCCUUAGGGAGUAUUACUGUCAAUUCAAGCAGAUGUCAAUUGGAAGAUGGUAAGUUGUGUUACAUAUAUUUGGUCAGCCUUUUACGCGGCAAAACACCCAACUCUUGUUUAACUGAAUUACCUCGCUAACCUCAAAACGAAGCGGAAUGUCGAGUAGAAAUCAAAAGAAAUAUGUGUCCGUGUUGUCAGUCGCGUAAUGCAAUACCGUCGUUAAACGUCUUUUGACACCCCACUGAUGCUCGUUAAUAUUCAACUAUUUUACCUUAAAGAUAGGCACUGAGCAUUUAAGAGAGCCUCGCUCUACAUGCUCUAGGAAAUAUUUUUUUUUUACCGUGCAUUAGUUUUUUUUCCUUUUAAUAACUUAUUUCUCUUAAGGUACGUAAAAACGGGUGACAAUAAACGUGCGACUUGUUUUGCAACAAUGCUGCAAAAGAGUUGAAUAGCGAUGUUGCGCGUUUAACCACCAACAUCAAACCUGUCUUGCAACAAAUCAGGUUGUUAACAGGUAUGAACGUGGGUGGUAAAACGCGCAACGUCGCUAUUCAACUCGUUCUGCAGCAAUGUUGCAAGACAAGUUGCACGUCUUUUGAGGUCCGUUUUUCCAUAUCUUUAGGCCCGGUUCAGACGACUUACGUCACAAGAGCCGAAUGAAAUUCAAAUUCAGGGCGGCUGAGUUGAUUCAAACGCCGAUCUUUGUUCCAUGCAGCCGAACUUAAUUCAAAACGAGAAAAGUCAAAAUGCGUUAUAGAUAGAUUGACAUCACUAAAUUUAUGCCUUAGUUCAGCUCAUGUGAAAUCAACGUUGGUCCACAGACAUUAUUCCCGGCUGAGCUAGGCACGAAGAACUGCAUAGCCGAUCCAAAUUCAGUUACUCAUUUCGAAUUAAUUCAGACGUCAUAUUGACGUACUUUCCAUUGAAUUCGAUCCGGCUUAUUUGAAGUACGGCGUCUAAAUCAGGCCUUUCUCACGUUGUUUUCAGAUCAUUCACAGAGUGCAUCUAAGGAUUCUUGUGACAAAUGCUUCCUUCAAGAGUUUGUUUUGUCCUUGAUCAAUAAUGUCGACAAUCCAUUGUGGUUAUUCGAUGUGCUUCAAGAGGUACUUAAAAAAAUGUCCUUUCAACAUUUCUUAGUAGCUUUGCAAAUUGGUGUACAGUCAACUCUUUUAACAGAUACCUUCCACGGCACGGGUGACCUAGAGUUAGUCCCUCCUGUUCUAUAGUCUUUUUAGGUGACACCAAAAGACUGACACUAAAUGCCGAUGUCCGUCUAAAAAGAGUUGAAUGGAGAAUUUUUAUACAAGGCAGCAUGCACAGAAGGGACUUUGAAAGAAAGGGUUGGGAUGGGGAUGGGAGUUUGGUGAUCCGAACGAUAAACAAGAACUAUCGAUAUUGGCCUCUACUUUGAAACGAGCAAAGACGGAAGUAGUUAAUGUAACUGUGACAGGAAGCAAGAAGCUACCAACGAUUCGUUUCAGGUAAUAAUGAGAUCAAGUGGCGUUAACUGUGUCCGGAAAACCCUGUAAGUAGCAGAGCAAUAUUCUAUAAAAGAACAAGCAGAACUACUAUUUUAUUUAUUUGUUUAUGUAGCCAUGCCCACACAACAAAACAUUAAACAAUUUAAAAAGAGUUUUCAGUUAAAUUUCAAAUUAGUAUGACAAGGAAUCCUAACGAAGCUAGGGGGUUACAUUUAUAGGCUCCCUUAAGCUAGAUUACGAAUUACCUGGCUUAGUAAAGAGUCUACAGGAACAUAGAAGUUAAGUGUCAGAUCCACGGACUACCAAUGAGAUAAUCAGAGAAUAUUGCUUCUUAAUGAAUAAUUGUUUUAGUAUAUACACGCGUAGUGAUGUCAACAAAAUCAGAAACGAAACCCUUAAAAAGGACGAUUUAAUUGACCGAUAAAUCAUACAAAGUUAGAUCUUUGCAUAAUUUUCAAACAUGGCAAUUCCAAGUUAAUCACUUCGCAAACAAAAAAAUGCACUUUAUUUGAGUGUCAAUGUAUUUUCACGAAAGUACUAACUGGGGAAACUAUUUUUACGUCUCCUAAUGGAGACGGGACCGCCAUUUUACGUGGUCAUCCGAGCCACGCGAAUGUCUAGCCGUUUGAAGGACAAAGGAAGUACCUUCAUUUCUCAGUUAUUUUAAGACCCUGAGUAUUGGUCCGGCCCCGGGAAUCGAACCCGCGACCUCCCGCUCUGCAGUCAAGCGCUCUACCGACUGAGCUAAACCUGCCGCGGUUAUUGGGUUUAGCGUAAUGGCUUUUUUCUGUUAACUCGCCAAGUUUCUUGCCAAAAAAGUUUGUUGUGUCGUUACUUCUCAUGAAGUGCUGACUUGGCGGCUUUUAAACGGUUGUUCUCUAAAAAAAGAAUGGGAAAAACAGCGAGUUCACACAUUGUCCACUCGCUAGAAGGUGAAUAUGGUUGAAUAGUCCGAGAUAGUGAACCAACCAGAUUGCUUAAAUCACCAAGAUCACUUAGUGUCUAUAUACUAAAGUUUUUCAUGCACUUCUUCAAUUACAACAAGACGCUACGGAGCGUGCACUUCGGCGUCGUGGUUGUGGAACUGAUUAAUUGUAAAUGCGGAGGAAUAGUAAGAAAUGAAAUAUGGUAAGAGUAAGGUGUUAAUUUGUGAAAUUAUGGGAUUUGUCAUGAUAUUCUGAAAAGAGCAACAUCCAAGAGGCCUACUUGCCAAAAACUAGCAUUUCGGGGCAAAUUGUCUCUGAGAUAUUAGCCCAGUUAUGCUCUGAUGAUUCCAUACAAAUCCUUCUAAAUUUGACUUGGGUCUAAACCUUAAGACCUAACUCAAAUAAGAGGUUACUGGCGGCGAAUAACAAGUAUAACAGAAAAUACAGUGAAAAAAGAAUUUUUUAUUUUUCUUAGUCGCAUCAGGCUUCAAAAACAGCAUAGCAGUCUCAUGCACUGAUUAAAGAUAUGUAAGGCAUGGGUAAGGAGUCAAUUACGUUGAACAUAGAAUUGGCUAAAACUCAAUGUUACGAGUUCGAAUGUUUUGAGGAUAAUUAUUCACUGACUAUCAGCACGCAGGGAUGUCGGAUUAGCACAAGGAAGUUUAAUACCAUAGGAACAUAGCCUUUACAGAGCUUUAAAACACAGCAUUGACCAACACAAACUUGACUUGAACUUGAGUAAAACUAAACAGCCUCUACCAAUAAUAACAAACUCUCACUUGAACUUCAGAUAUCUUACGGCUUCCGCCAACUUGUAAACACAGAACUUGAAAAUCGACCUUCGUCACACUUGACUGAACACAGCAGUCCAGCUCGUGGGAAAAAACUUAGUUCGUCAAAAGAACUCGCUUGGAACUUGUAUACCGUUCGACAUAAGGUUCUAGAAAAUACUAAACAGGCGAAUAGUAGUAAGUAGCUUUUCGACAUAUUUUAUGAUUUCAGUAACUGAUGCAAAUCUGCUGACUCAUGCUGAGAUGUAAACAUGCCCUAAUUAGUUAUUCAUGAAUAAUCCAAAAACGUAGAGAACGUUCGAGAAAGUCAACCAACGCAUGAAGCAAUUUUACUACGUAACACUCAACAAAGACAAAAUGUCUUUGUGCAGCAUUUUGUAACUUUAAAUUCAUCAUAAAACAGUUCGAAAGGAAAAAACUACAUUAAACUACAUUAACAUUGAUGACGUUAGAGUCUUCUGUCUUUAUCUGAAUAAAAUGCCGGGGAUUCUUAAUGAGUGAGGUCAUAUGCUAUUUUUAACUGGUUUGACAAGUUUUCUAGUUACUUCUAGGCAUUUGAUUGGUUAAUUAAGAGAAGUGUUAUUGGGUAAUUCAUGCAGUCGAAGUAAUAAACGCUUGCUCCCCUGUGGAAUGUGGUGGUGGAGGGAAAACAUUAGAAAUGCGUUGGUGGUGGUGGUGGAGGAGGAGGACAUUAAAAAUAUUUGACGAGCAGGGAAAUUGUGGAAAAGGAGAAAGGAGGGAGGGGCUAGAAAGUAGAUAGUUUGCCUUCGCCCUAAUUAAUAUGCACGAUUUGUGCGCCAAGAAUCAGUGAAUACAUCCUCGGAGACCCAGGGGGCAGUCGGCCGGGUCGGGAGAAAAGGCGUGACGAAGGUUUUCAAGCGCGGGAGGAAAAUAAUAAAGCAUACAAACCUUUUUUUGUGCUCAAUCAGUAGCCAUCAUUCGCUUUACCGUUUGUAAAUGGUCUGGUAAGAGUCAGCAGUUAUUCCUUCGACAACAUGAAUCAACCAAUGAGUCAACCAAUAAAAAACCAAGACAUUUAUCAACCUAAAAGUUACUAGAAAACUUCUCAAACCGGUAAAUCCCCUUGUGGUUGACGACGACAAAACAAGGAAACGAGGAACGAAGCUUCGAGGGGUGUGCCGCCGCAGGUUAAGUUAAGGACUAUUUUACGGGUCGAAAACAAGAAAAACGCAGAGAACCAAAGGUGACGGUUAACGGUGAUUUACUUGACCAAAUACCACUAAAAGAGCAAAUGAACAAAGUCGAUUGACCGUAAACUGAAAUAAUAUGGCAAAAAAUCUUUAUCAGUUUGGCUACCAGAAGAUUCUUAUACAAAUUCUUAUACAAACAACUCGUAAUUAACAAAGUUAGCUUGAAAACGGUAAUAAAACGAGCCUAUGAUGAUUAGGUCGAUAACAUGACGGUAAAAUCUAUUGUUAGAUAAACUUCAGCUAGACAAUAAUCUUAAAGGGACAGGUUCACGGUUAGGCGCAUGCUCAUUAAUUAAAUCACUUUUUUCCAAUUUGUUAUUAAUUCUAUCGGUAAAUAAUCCCACUUACAUGUAUCUCAGCGAUCUCAGAGUGUAUUUGAAAGUAGAAGCGUAUUUCAGAAAAACCUGAACUAGGAUGAAGGAUUACUAAAAUCGCACAAAAAAUUAGCGGAUUAUGCCAACACUACCUACUGUUGACCGGAAAGUUUUUUUCCGUGGUUGAUAAUUUACAGCUAUUUGCAAAUAUUUAAGUUGAUCAGGUGUAAGUGACUGCCACGGGAGUGUGCAGUUUGGUUCUUUGACGACAUUAUGACAUGGUCAUAUAGGCGAAUCUUUGCUGACGUCAUUGUUUACUUUUUUCCUCAUUAGCAUACGACUUAACUCAUAGAAGCCGUGGCUGUAUAUAUGAAUUAAAUGCAAAAGUCGAAAGAGCUGAUAAAGUUGGGCAAUUUGUGCAAUUUUCAGCUCUUUGCGAGCAAUAUUCAAAGAAAUAUCAGCCACAAAAACUGCGAAAUUGCUGUGUGGCAAAAAAGUUAAUGAGCCAUACAUUCUCUGUAAAAUUUCUAGUUUUUAGAAGAGAAUUUCUCCGAAACCAUUCGGUGUAUUGGGCUCAAAUAUACAGAGAUAACUGAAACUGUUAUGCCCUUUCAAUAUUCAGAGUUUUUAUUUUAUUAGCGUCAUCAGACAGUGAUAAGCAUAUGUUAAUGAGGCAAAAAGUGUAAACAAAGAUUCGACUAUUGCUUGCAUAGACGAUACACCAUGUCUCGGCAGAAAAACAGCAUUUUGAUAAAUGAGCAUGCGCUGAACCAAACGUUAAGAACAAACCAGAACGAUGUAACAACGCAAAUCCUACUUGACUUUCUGCCCAAAAAGACGCUAACGCGCGCUUUUAUAUCCGCAUGGGAACUCCGAAAAUAUCCCGUUACAAAACCAACAGGAAAAGGGUAAACAGUGUAACUACGCUAGUAACCAGGAUCAAAGCACGAAAAAUCACGAAAUCAAAGAAAAUUACUGUUCUUAUCUUGUUCUUUACACUCCUGAAAAUAGCAGAUGAUGUUAUCCUAACGAGAUCGUUAAUGCAUUCCACAGCAAAUUAAUAAGAUCCCACCAAAAAAAUAGGCUAAUUCGAUGUGCCUUUAAUACUGGCGACAUUAUAUUUUAAUGGUCAAACGCUUUGCCUAUCGACAUAAUACUUAGCAUCUAAUUUAAGCCACUUCUCUUAUGACAGACACUGUUAAAACUCGGUCCCUACGUUACGCCCUAGAAAGGUAUCCUAGAAUCAAAGAAAACGACUGAAGAACGGCAGUGACAAGCCAUAAACCGUCAAUGCGCCAGGAAAUAGAAUAUGAUAGUUAUCCUUAGUGUCUUGAGCUACUCUAAAAUUGAUGGGUUUGUGGAGGGAACUCGAUGAUUUUGCCGAACGAAUUGCCACCUCUAAGGGGUACAGUUUUGUCUUUGAGACUACUUCAAAUUCUGCAAACGAAGAAUUAAGAAGCAUACAGUUAGUACUGUUGGGAAUCAAGAUGCUAAAUGUAAUAUUAUAUAAAGGAUCAAAAGUAGGUUGAGGUUGAUCGUCCGGGUGAACGUAGUCCUGAAUUGGACUGUAGUUGUUCACAGUGACUGACGUUUCGAUAACCUGUGCGGUAGUCAUGUCCAUAGUCAAAGUGAGUUGUAUCACGUCAGUUGAUGGUAUUAUACUCUCGUUAUUGAUCUAAUUGGUCAAUUACGUCGCGAUGUUAUUGGUUGUCUGUCAGUUAAGCCGUGAUGUUAUUGGCUAUGACGACUCGUAAUCAGUAAUUGGUGCGUUUCGAUCCGUCUAUUGUCAUAGUUAAGUAGUCGUUUAUUGUUAGUCAAAUUGUUAGUUCUCCAGUCGUUCUCUCCUAGUUAGUUUUGCUUGAUCGCGUCAGUAAGUCAUUUGUACGGCGCUGGAAACUGUUCGCUACGAUUCAGUGGCGUUUGUUCUAAGUUAGUAAACCAGCUUUCUAAAGUAAGACGUUGAUAGUAGUCUUUAGAAUCGUUAUACAUGUCGCAGAGUGCCAGUCAAUUUGAUGUUUCGUCUGUAAAUGGUGCUCAGCAAUGUGAUUGUUGACGUUACCAUUCCUCGUCGCUCGUUUGUGUUCGGUCAGUCGCGUGCUUAGGUUUCUGCCGGUUUGACCAAUAUAAGAAGCCUGGCAGUCGCAGCAUUUGGUCUUGUAUACUGCUCCCUUUUUGUCCUCCGGUUUGUCUUUGUCCUUGACCUUAGUAAGCAGUCGUCGUAAAGUGGUUAUCGGUUUGUGUGCAACACGUAUAUUGUAAGGUUGUAAUAUACGUGCAACAUUUUCAGAGGUGCCUCUGAUGUACGGUUUAGUCGCUGUCGUAACAGGGCCAGCGUUGGUCUGAGUGUUGGAAUCAGUGUUACUGUGAGUGUUCCGUCUAACAAAGUCCGUGUUGUAAUUGUUCUUACUAAAAACGUCAAGAUAAUCAGUCUCGUCUUGUAGGCUGUCAGGUGAGUCGCAAACUAGUUGCGCCCUUCUCGUCAGAGUCCGGAUAGAAGUAGCCGCGCGAGAAGGCGGGUUGUACGAAGACUGGUUUAGUAAUCGGUCGGUAUGUGUCGGUUUUCUGUAAAUAGUCGUGAUCAGUUUGUUGUUUCGCGAGUGACCAAGCAGUCUAGAAAAAGUAUCUUACCAUUUUCUUCGAUCUCCUUGGUGAACUGUAUGUCCGCGUUCUGUCUGUUAAGGUGUCCGUGAAAAUCGUCGAUUCCGUCUUUGUGUACGGCGGUAAAUGUGUCAACGUAACGUAACCAAAGAGCUAUAGUUCGCGUGUAGGUAGCUAGGGCUUGUUCCUCGAUGUUUUGCAUGACAAUUUCUGCCACAACAACAGAAACUGGAGAGCCCAUAGCUGUACCGUGUAACUGUAGUGUUUGCCGUUAUACUGUUUGACUUUGAUGUACUUUCAGACGACCGACAGACGACAUACGACCAAUAACAUCGCGACUUAUUUGACCAAUCAGAUCAAUAACCAGAGUAUAAUACCAUCAACUGACGUGAUACAACUCACUUUGACUCUGAAGAUGACUACCGCACAAGUUGUCGAAACGUCAGUCACUGUCAACAACAACAGUCUUAUUCAGGACUACGUUGACCCGGACGAUCGAACUCAACCUACUUUUGAAAUGACUCCCGGGUUCAAACUUUUCACAGUUAUAUAAAGUAUGUUGUCAUAAUUCCGAGGGUAUUAUUUUUGAGGAGGCAGAGAGACGAGAGUAUAGAACCAGUAGGUCUUAAUUGGGGCCACUGAAAUGGAACAGUAGGCUAUUAUAUCAUAAUACUAACCUCCUGUUCCACCAGUUCGCAACAAUUGAAAGUUGCAUUAAUGCUGAUUACAAAAUGAUCCUCCUUCAGCUGGGAGACCAACUGUGCACCGCCAUCCCAGGCAGCGAUCUUGCAACAGCGCAGGAAAGACACAACUUCCAGAUCAAAAGCGCUUGCCAGAGCAAUCCUCAUUUAAACCUUCUGCAGCAAAAGUAAGUCAUCUGUCUUAAAUCGCUCCAAGAAUCGAUCGCGCCUUGGAACAUAUGUUAUUUCCCUCCACUCCUUUAGUGCCUGCCCACCCCUUUACAUUCCACCUCUCUUUUGUCUCAUUUCCAGUUGGCCUUUCUUUUUUCUCCUUCACCUCUUAACUGGCGGGAACUGGAAAACUUUGGUAUUUAAACUGAAAUUGCAUGCGUUUAGUGUCUUUUAUUUUCCCUGGAAAAUGACUGUUUCGUUCAACACUGAACAAUAAGAGUGCAGUUUUUUUUUCGGUUUUCCGUCUACUCUGCCUUGAUUGCCGCUAGUUAGCGUUAGUGAAGAUGGACGAUGAUUACCACUAGAAAGUACUUUUUUUCUUGUCUAUUUUAGGGACUUGGACGCGUUCUCUAAACUUCUUCUGGGCCCGGGAAUGUCUGACUUGGUAUCAAAGGUCACUCGUACACACGACCGACGCAAACUUGAGCCAUCAGAAAUCCUUAACGAGUUCCGUUACGGCAUAAUUGCGAACACUGAGCUACAGGAAGUGCUGCAAGCUGCCAAAAGAGCCUUUAGUAUCUCGGACUCCAGCGGAGCCAUGUUUAAGAACUUGACAGAUGAGAUGGCGAAUAAGCAUCCAAUCCUUGAGCAGCUGCUGGAGCGAGUGUUAAAGGACGACUGGACUGGACUGGAUAAAGGGUGGACGAUUGUAACACAUAGACGUAAAAAGAAAUUGUGGCAAUUGAACUAGAGAAAGAAAAGGUCUGAGCCUUAAAGAAUUGAAAAAAAAAAAGAACAUGUUACCCUAGUUUCCGGGGAGUUCGAUUAGAUAAUUAGUUGUUGCUUGAAAAAGAAGAGUACUCUGAGUACGAAGAGUGUGAAAACUGUAUGGUAGAAGGUAGGAAGACCAAGACCAUUCAGAGAGUUGACUAGUGCAGAACCCUACUGUUAGAUACGUAUAAUAGCUUUGCUCUAAAAAAAUUCUUUAAACAGUACAUUCGCCAAGCAACUUUUCUGCCAUUGCAGGUGUUGAAGUAAGCGAUCAUCUAAAAUCUUCACUGAAACAGAGUGCAUAAAAUGAGGGAGGCAGGUUGUGUGCACUAGGGUGGAUUUUCACUGCCGCGUAAUUUUUUCCGUGAGUACGCACGUAAAUUUUACGCGCGUACAUAAAAUAGAGGCAAUGUUUCGAAGGUCACCCGUAAACGUAAAAGUUGAACCUCGCUCAUUUUUUACGUUUACGCGUGGCCUUUCGUAAAAUUUACGUGCUUACCCUCGUAAAAGUUACAGGACAGUGGAAAUCCACCUUUUGGGAAAAUGCUGUGAGCACCAAAACUACACUAGACGUAUUAAAAAAUACAAGGGCUUUAUAAGAAAACAAAAGCUAAAUCCUGGAUUACCAAAAUACCCUUGUAGUGCUCCGCAUUUCCGCCGUUCAUGACGGAGAUUUAUUUGUAAAGGGUAUAUUUGCAAGUACUGUCAUGAAAAAUGAUGUUUAAGUUCAUUAAUUACUUCAAUGGUGUUCACUAGGUUUCUUUAGACUUUCAGGUUUCUAAAAUAUAUUUUACGGUUCCUCGGGUUAUGGGUUAAGGUAUCCUGAUCGUACUCAUCCACUCAAAAUCUUUUAGUAUAGGAAGUUUAUUGAUUGUGAAUGAUGCGCGCGAUGUAAGGUAAUGUUGAAUUAUUCGCAUUAACGAAGAAAAAUGUGUUAGUCUUGAGAUUGUCCGGGAAAAGCCGAAGCUGUAGUCUGGG